ACUUGACUGAAGUUUUUCCAUUGGAGAGCAAUUACAAGUUUACAACAAACCGGAACCUAUAUAGCCAGAAUGCAAAUCACGGCAGGCAAUUGAGGAAGAACCCAAACAUGUCUACCCACCAUUCUCUCAUUCUCAUCCCAAAAUUGGUGAAAAGCCCACCACUCAGAGCUCUCUCACUCUUCAAUUCCUCAACCAUCCAAGGCCUCCAACACACCCACCAAUCCAUAUCCACCGUCGUCCACCUCCUCCUCUCCUCCAACAUGCUCUCACAUGCCCAGUCUCUCAUCCUCCGCUUACUCUCCGGUCGAAUUUCCUCCUCAUCCUUCACACUCUCCUCUCUCCUACACCAUUUGACACACACCCAUUUCAGUUCCGAUCCCCAAUUCAAUACACUUCUCUAUGAAGCCAUCAUCAAUGCCUACAUUCAAUCUCAGUCACCAGAACAAGCCCUUUUCUAUUUCAAUCAAAUGACCAAUAAAUGCCUCAUACCAUCGUCGAACACUUUCAAUAAUCUUCUACUUUCCCUUAUUAACUCCGAUUGUUUUGAAAAAGCUUUACGGGUUUUCGAAGAAAUGAAAGGUGGGGGUUCACUGGAUGUGUAUAGUUUUGGCAUAAUGAUCAAGGGUUGUUGUGAGAAUAGUGAUUUGAAUAAAGGUUUUGAGCUUUUAGCUCAAUUGGAGGAGAUGGGUUGGUCGCCAAAUGUUGUUAUAUACACUACUUUGAUUGAUGGGUGUUGUAAGAAUGGGGAUAUUGAACGGGCAAAAGAGCUGUUUUGUAAGAUGGGGGAGUUGGGUUUGGUUGCUAAUCAGUUUACUUACACAGUGUUGAUCAAUGGGUAUUUCAAGAAAGGCCGCAAGGAAGAUGGGUUUGAGCUGUAUGAGAAGAUGAAGGUUGAUGGAGUGUUGCCUAAUAUAUAUACUUACAGUUGUAUGAUUAAUGAGUACUGUAAUGAUGGCAAAAUGAGUAAAGCUUUCGAACUGCUCGAUGAAAUGCGUGUGAGAGGAGUGGCAUGUAACGUUGUUGUGUAUAACACUUUAAUUGGUGGGCUGUGUAACGAGCGGAGGGUCUCGGAGGCUGAGAAACUGGUGAGUCAGAUGAAGAGGGGUGGACUGAGUUCAAAUUUAAUCACUUAUAACACUAUGAUAGACGGCUUCUGUGAUGUUGGGAAGUUGGACAAGGCUUCAAUUUUGUUUAAUCAGAUGAAGUCAAAUGGUUUGUCUCCGUCUUUGGUUACCUAUAAUGCUCUAAUUGCAGGUUUCUCUAGAGCUGGCAACCCGGCACGAGUCAAAAACUUGGUCCGAGAGAUGGAGGAAAGGGGCAUUUUUCCUUCCAAAGUGACAUAUACAAUUCUGAUUGAUGCCUUUGCUCGUUCAGAUGACAUGGAGAGAGCUUUUCAAAUGUAUUCCUCCAUGGAGAAGGCUGGUUUGAUGGCUGAUGUUUACACAUAUGGUGUCCUACUACAUGGGUUGUGCAUUAAAGGUAAUAUGAAGGAAGCAUCAAAGCUGUUUAAAUUGAUGGGUGAGAAGCAUUUGCAGCCAAAUGAUGUGAUUUAUAAUACGUUGAUUUAUGGGUACUGCAAAGAGGGUAGCUCCUAUAGGGCCCUGAGGCUGCUAAAAGAAAUGAGUGACAGUGGGAUGGUACCAAAUGUGGCUAGCUACAAUUUGACGAUCGGGGUUCUUUGUAAGGAUGGGAAGUGGAAAGAGGCUGAAAUUCUACUUUAUGAAAUGACAGACUCAGGUUUAAAGCCACCACCUCAUGUCUACAAUAUGAUCUCUGAAGCAAAAGGUCAUUCACAGAUGGAAAAUUGAAACACACUCAUGUAGGAAAAGGAGAAAGUCAGAGCUGAUAGCAGAAGUGGCUGUCCUCUUACAAUUAUCUUUGUUUAAGACGAAGCUUGAAAACUCUAUGGAAGAGUUUGCUAUUGCAUUUUUCCUGAUGGUGACCGUGAAGAGUUUCAAGUACGGAGCAAAUCCCAAUCAUAGUGGCCUUUUAAGGUUACCUAAUUGUGAAGCUCAAGCCCUGGGACCACUUCCAAACCAGGUGAAUGGUACUGGCAAAAUUCUGCCGGCGAUGGAAAUACUCAAGAGUGCAUCAGAUAUAAACUCUAAUUCAUCAAAAAGCACUGGGUUGACUACCAAAGGCUAGUACAUCAGUUCCGGAACCUAGUGCUAAGUGCGCGUGGCUGACCACCCAAAAGUCAAGAGUGCAUUAAGCGGAAGCAUAAUCUAGAGCAGCCUGAUGACUGGUGUGAACCGAUCUAGUUGAUUUUCAGCUGCCACCUGAAUGGUGAUGACAAGAAAUCUCACCAAAUGCGAAAAGUGCCAGCCAUUUUGAUAGGUUCAUGAUAUGAUGUUCUUUGGACCAUUCACAAAACUUUGAUCUCAAAGCACUAGAUGAGGUCUUUCCCUACAGCCUCUAUGGAGAUCCUGAUGAGCCACAUGGUGCGUAGUCUUAGAGAUGAUUUUAGGAUUUAAUUAAUAUUUUAUUUUGGAAUUUAUUUUAUAUUUUAGGCAUAUGUCUUAUUUAGGGUUCUAUUUUGAUGCUUAUAUAUAUGUGAUUUGUGACAUUGGGUAGACACUUUUGAUGAUUAUUGACUAUUGAUUACAGAUAUUUUCUUUCUCCUAUUUCUUCCAUCUUUUUCUCUUCUCUCUCAUUCUGCAUCAAUUUAGUACUAGAGUACACUCCCCAACUUGCAUUAAAAAGACGAUAGAAUUCAUAUGCACAAACAAUUGAAUUAAAUUUUCUUGUGUGUGGGAAGGUUGAUGAGAAAUUAAUUUAUCUUAGAAAGCGGGAUCAUUCAAUGAUGACAAUAUAUGUCUGGGAAAAAAAAUGAUGACAAUAUGAGACAAAUUUCUUAGGAUGACUAAUAUAAAAUAUAAAAAAGAAAAAGUAGGGGCUGUUUGUCCAUCAAUUUAGGAUUUUUUUUUUUUUUUUAGUCCGAACAGUUCCACUCAGGUUAUUGAAGGAUAGGUCAAAAGUCAUAUUUCUCUAACUUCAAAUUUAGAUAUGUUCAAGUGAAUUGUUUUAAGUUGGUAAAUAAUGCAUAAAAGCAUUUAGUGGACAGACAAAUUGGAGUUUUUAAUUUUCAGCCUUUGAUGGUUAUCAAUUAACCUCUACAGAUGUGUAUACCCUUAGAUGUGGGAGGUCAUUCUUCUCUGAUGAAAAAUAGAGACCUUCAGAGAAACAGAGGUGUUACUCUUAAUUUGCUUGUUUGUGAUGAGGCUGAGUUUGUCUGCAGAGGUAAUUUUGAGGGUAAGCACAGUGAUGAAUGGUUUGGAUUGGGCUUCUUCUUUUACUGUUUUCUUAAUGUUUUGCAAGUCAAAAUGCAGGAUGGCAGUGCAAUUUUACAUCUACAUUAUACAUGUGGUUUGGUGUGAAUUGUUGCUGUAAUCUCAAUCCUCAUGGUCAUCUAAAACACUUUUUGGUU